GGCUGUCUCUCUCCCUUGUGAAAGCGGUGGGGGUGACAAAGGUAAUCUUUAAACACAAAGCAAAUACUGUCCCCUCAGGGCUCCCCAAAACCCCAUAGAAGAAAGGGAUACGAAGCUGAGAGGGGAAAAAAGCAUUUUAAAAUAUAUUUUUUUGCUGGAUGGCUGUGCUACUUCUCUCCCCUGUUCUGCUUUUAAGAAGAAAAUUUUUGGUGGUGGCAGACAACUGUGUCUUUAAAUACAAGUGUGGCUCAGAUGAGGAUAAUAAGGCUGUAUUCCUCACCCUUAAACAUAGGAGUAUCCUUGAAUAACUUGGGGAGACCCAAGCUGGCGCUGUUCUGCAGGGAAAUAUUGAUACAAGAGAUCACAUCUGGAAUCUAGAGACACUGAGGGAUUUGCUGUUGUUUUCUUCAUAAUUAUUUUUGAACCCCUUGUUUUUUUUUCUCCCCCAGUUGGUUUACAAAACGUCAUCCUUGGCUGGAUUUUAUAGGAAGGUUAUUGGAUACACUACACGCUGUAAGGUAAGUGGCUAUGGCAGACAGAUCAGAAGGGUUAAUGGAGCUCUGCAUUUGAAAUGUCUGCUGUUUGUAGAAAUUAAAUCCGCUCCACCUUUUUUUUUUUUUCUCCUCAUUUUUGUGUGUGUCUGAGCAGUUUGUUCAUUUCUUCUCUGUAGCUGUGUUAGUGGUAGAGGAUCACACAGAGCAGACUGGGGAACCUUUUACUGGGACUGUUUGGAAAACGUGUUUGUUAUGGUAUUGAUAAACUGAAACUACUCACACACAGACACAUCAGUCUCUAAACCUUGUUUCCAUUUAGCUAUUCUCUAUUCAGUUUAUUAUGCAGUCAGUUGGGGAGGGGGAUUUUUUUUUUUCUUUUUAAAUUUUUUCUACCCUUUAACUGAUAAGCAUUUAUUUUAAUAAUGCAUAUAUAUAUUAGUGUGGUAUGAUGUUUCAAUGUUCUUUUGUCCUUAUUUUUUUUUUUUUUUAAAUGUAAAUAUUUUGUUUUGUUAAGGCUUGUUUGUAUCAGAUAUUCUUUAUACUAUAAUAGUAAUUAGAAAUAACAGAACGUGUGUGUGUCCCCUCCUCACCCCCCACACUCCUCCUGUGUUUUUUGGUGCUAAUUCUUAGUUCUCCUGGAUGCUCUUUCCUCUCUGUGUAGGAAACCCAUGAAGUUUGUAUAUGGCUUUUACAAUGUUGUCCUUGCAAUUGAUUGCAAUUUUUGUGUGUAGAGGGGUGGCUUGAUCUGAAGUAAAAGUUUAUCAGCAGAGGAAUGGGGUAAUUUUUUUUUUUAUUUUUUUUUGGUAGAUGUAUAUAGCACCGACAUAUUUCAUAGCACUCUAAUGAAAUGAUUGUAUACCUACACUAGGCCAACUAUUAAAGCUAUUCUAGUUGGUAACUGUGUGUGUUUUAGAUACCAAGCACUGGGUUCACUCAAAUCUAGUCAGUCUUUGCCUGCAGCUAGUCUUCAGUUAACCUCUUGCACAGUGCUUAAUGGUGAAAGGUUAGCUGGUAUGGAAAACAUCUGAGCUGUAAUUGUACCCCCAGUAUUAUUUGUUUUAACAUUUCAGCAAUAUGUGUCCCUAUGGGUGGUCACUGUCACUCACUGAGAGCAAUUUGUGACCGAUGAAGAAACUGUCUCUUGUAACGUUUUGAUAGAUUUACAUUCGGAUUCUCCAAAGAUCUUGUGUAGAAUUUGAGUUAUCAAUGCCUGCUCCUAAGAUCAAACAACCAGUGGGGAUGGUUAUCAUUUUUAUCAAUAUAGUGGGCUGAGAAUUUCAUGUCUUCCCAACAAUAUUCUCCCCACUGGUACAAUUUGGCUUAUCUGGUGGACUGGCUUGCAGGAAAUUAACUUCUACAGAGAGCUGUGUAUUAAAUAUUUGCAUAACUGAAAUGCAUAAAGGUUUGUUACUGUUAAUUUUGAACUGCAUUUCCCCGUGAUGUUUAGCUGGGUGAACAUUUUGCCUUGCCUGUGAUGUCACCUAGGGAUACUUCUUCAAAUACAUAUUGAACAAUGGGAGGUUUACCUCAAUUGUGCAUUUGGUUACAAACAAAUUGGGUUUUAGCCGAAUUCUGGGCGAUUGGCAGUUUGUUCAAAAUCCCAAAUUUCUAAAUGCUAUAUAGACCCAUUAGAAAAUGGGCAAUGGAUAAACUGUUUUGUGAAUCGGUGUUCCGUACAUGGCGCCAAAAAAUAUAAAUUGAUUGGAGGGUAUGAUAGUUAAUGAACUGCCACAAAAUGCUGAUUUUGUUGACCGAUCAAGUUUAUAAGUGACUAAUAGAGAUGAGGGGUUGGUGGAGAAGAACUGUAAAAUAUAUACAUUGUAAUAUUUACUUCUCCCCCCACUCUGCUCAUUAUUUAUUCUUACUUCAGUUAGCCACCGCCAAUCUGUGUAAAAUAUAUAUAUAUAUAUAUAUAUAUUAUACACUAACUGGCCAAUUUUCUCCUUUUUCGAUUUGUCCAAAUUGUUGUUUUUCCCAAAUUAUUGCAUGAAUAAAAUCCAGAUAGUGCACUCACAUAUGAUGUAAACUAAUGUAUCUUGACCAACAAUGGGUACAAAUCAUAUCCUUCUUAGGUGGCUGCCGGCAGGUUUAUAGAAAGUUGGUGCAAUACUGAUCGCAAAGUCUCAUUAGCAGAUCCUCGUUAAAUGCAGUACAAAUCUAUAAUUAGAAUAAACAGGCUUGGGAAGCUAGGUAGGUAAAUUGAUCUGGCAGAUACAUUUUACACAUCAAUAUUGAGUUUUUUUUUGUGUUUUUUUUUUUGUGAUCACCAUUCACUUUUCUUAAACCCAUGCACAGCUCUUUGUGAAUGAUAAUGCAGUGAUGUGUUCUUGUUUACAAUGCAGUGCCACUUCUAAAAUUCAGUUUCUUCAGACUUGGCAGCAUUCUUAAUGGAUAAGCGGCCGGCCAAAGCCUUUGCAAGGUAUUGCAGUGUCAUCAGAUCGUGAACCUGGAGAGAUAGAAAUGUAUCAGUUAUGCAUACUGUUGUAUUAUUCUUUUUAUUUGCAAAAGUGAAAAUUGCUGAAAACAUAUAAGGGACUAUCAAAAAAUUUGUAAUCUCGUGAAACAACUUGACUUUUUUUUAUUAUUUAUUUAUUUUUCUAAAUCAAACACUUUUGGUCUUAGAUUUGCAAUUUGCUUAUCCGUUGUCUUUUGGAAGUAUGGAUCUGAAAAUUGCAUUAAAUUUUUUUUACUUUUUUCCUCACCUACCAACAAUGUUUAAUAUGGAAGAUAUGCCACCAUAUUGUGUCUACAGGCCUACAAUGAUCCAUUAACUGUAUUGCUUUUGUUCGUUGUAUUUUAAGUGAUGUAAUGACAAUACACAUGUUAUGUUUAAAGAGCAUUUGUGGGUAGAGUUCUAAUAAUGGAAGCAAUCAGCAGGAGCACUCCAUUGAGUUCCAUGAAAAUCUAUUUAAGAACAUGGCCUGAGACUUGAUCUUUAUACAUAACCUGUGAUGUUCCUGAAAAUGUCAAGAUAAAGCAGAAAGUUUCCACUGAUGAAUGACGUAUGCGUGUUAUUGAUUUUAGUCUGCCAACUAGCUAAUAUCUCAACCCAUUCCAAGAGAGGUCUGACGUUAAAUGAAAACGGUCUGUUGGUUUGUUUUUUUCUCAUUUAAAAAUAAAUAAAAUUGGUAUUUGUGUUUUUAAGUAGGUAUUUUGUUUCAGUUUAUCUUAUGACUUACCCUUGCUCUAUGGGGACAGCCGUUUUAGUAGUUAUGGUUCUAGGAGGCUGUGGUCACUGUCACCCAGUUCUGCUGUAAAGUUUUCAAAUGGUUGGAAACCUGGGGUUACGAAGGCACCUCUCUUAUAUUACCAAUGUGAAAGUUCGAUAUUCACAUUAGCAAUAUCAGUUUCAUCCGUAUUUAGACAGAAGUGACCGUCUGAGCACAUUGGAGCAUGUUUAUUUAAGAAAAGGUUGGAAUGCCGUAAGAGUUAUAUGUAUGGGUUAUUUUCUAAAGGAUGUGCAGCAUUAAAUUUGCCAAAAAAAUUUGGAUCAGUUAAAUUCCAUAACGUCUGAAUAAACUCACUGUAUUCAUUAAUGGCUGCAUAUUUACAUCAAAUCGGGGCUAUAGAAGUAAGAAAAAUAAUAAAAUUGUACUUUCGACUCCCCACCACUUGUACAUGGAUUCACAAAAAAAUAUCAGGAUAGUGGCCUCUUCCCCAAGUUUCAGCAAGUUUUGUGUUAAUAAUUAAAUACUGGAGGAGGUAUCAGCUCUUCCUUGAUUCUUUCUGUAGUGGAAUAUAAUACUACCAUGUAAUAAAUCAGAUGGGUUUUGUGAAUACCAAGUGGUAUUAAUAGUGCCAGUUCCCCACUUAAAUUGCCUGGGGGAUAUCUGGUCCCUUUUACUACAAAAUUGUGUGCUAAAGAACAGUCCAUAAUAUUUCCCACUUAAAUUUCUGUAUCCUUAGAAAGAAAAAAGGUUUAAAAUUUUUCAAAUGCUGAAGAACUUUUCAAGUGCUUUGAAGUGGUCAUGGUGCAAGGGCUGUAUGAUAUCUUUAUGAUGCUGCCAAAUAUGUAAUUCCACCUCUGGCGGCUUUCAAUCGUCAACCUGGGUAGUGUAUUAGUGAGAGUGCUUAGCAGAUGCUCUCAGCCAAAGAAUGAAUGGCAGAAUUGGCCAUCUGGGUUGUGCAGUUUAGCUUGCAUGCUAGGUGGUUGCAAAAUGGUUUGCCCUGUCAUUGGGGAAUGGCCACAGUAGAAAGUCCCAAUUUCCGGGGGGGCUUGUCACACUAUGUCAAUGUCUCAGGAUGUUGAUGGCCAUAUACCCUGUACAGCAAGACUCCAUCUUUAGAAGCACUUACGGUCAUGAGGGCACUAGGACCAUGUAUAGUAGGGGUGACCAAAAUGUAGAACUACAAAUACCUUAAUGCUUUGCAUGUCUAGAAUGACAAUGCAUCAUGAGAGUUGUCGUUUUUUUUUAAACAUCUGGGCAUCUACCUUUUGGGCACCCCUAAGGUAGAGUGCUUCAGCAGUGCUCACUGCAUGGUCUGCCCUAAUAAAGGUCAUUUGGUAGGCUGUUAAUGAACUUCACAUGCCUUCAUGCCAGACUGCCGUUUUUCUUUCUGGGCUGGGCUGCCCAUUUUGGGCAUCACUGUGCCUCAAGAUGUGAUCAAGAUAAGUGCCCACCAAGGUACUCUCUGCAUCAUAACCACUAAAGCACAUCCUAGCUAUGUGAAAACUGAGUUUUCGUCUUGACAUUGUUUGUGUCAGUGUGAUUGGCUAUGGUUAUUAAGGCAGCAUUGCCAUGUUUGAGGAGUGGGGUGGGGGUGGGGGUUAAAUUCUAUCAAAUUUCUUUUCCUUAAGCUCCCUGUAUCACAAUGAUCACACUUCCUUCCAUUUUACCAGAUGUGUUUGUUUAUAUUAUAUUUUUUUUUUUAUUUGCCCUGGUUCUCAAUAUCCAAUAUAUGUCUCCAGUUUGCCCUUUUAUGUGAUUCUUUUGACUGAUAGAUAGGUGUGUGUGUGUGUAUAUCUAUAUCUCCUGCACAGUGUGCAAUUUUAGGGUUGCUUUUAUUCUUCUUCUUCUUAUUACUACUACAAUUCCAUACCUGUCAACAUUUCAAAUGGACACACUAAAAUUCGAGAAAUUUUAGGUGACUUACUAAUAAUUUAUGCAACUAAAAUGUAACAUACUAGGGUAGGACAGAGGGAUUUGGACACAAAAUAGGCCACUUGGGAUGCAUUCAAUUCAACAAUUUCCAGAAGAUGUGAUUUGAGUAUUUAUGACUGGUGUGUAAAAUAGUAAAUCUUUUUAUUGUAUGAAAGCAAUGUUCAUUCAGGUCGCCUACGAAUUUGGUUUGCAGCCAGUAUGAAGACUCUGAGCAGACUGCAUGGGAAGGUGAGAGGUUAAGAUAAGAAGAGGGCUAAUUCCAUGUCACAAUGAGGUCAGGCAGAACAAGGAGCAAACUUACUAUAACAAAUCAUCAAGCUGAAGGGCUUGUCCCCUCAAAAAAACCCAACAAUUUUUAAAACGUUUGAAUAAAAGCCUAGUAAAGUGAUGGAUUAAAGGCCGAACGAGAAGCUAUUGAAUUGCAUUGUGUGCAAUAAUUGUUCUACAGGCAGUCAUGCUGACAUGCUGAGAUAUAGGAGGUAAGAGGGACGAGAGGGCGUCACUAGGCUGUAAUUACUUGCUCAUUGUGAAUCGGGUUUUAAACCUUUUUGGUUUCCCUUCAUGAUUUGUGAGAUAAUGGAAAUACAUCUGGCUAUGUUUUGUAAUAUAGUUACUUAUUGCAUGCCAACGGAGGUUUGUGGUGGUUUGUAAUAUAUUGUGCUCUCCUAAGGGACAGUGGGAACUGUUUGUCAUGCUUCAGUGUUACAAGUCUGGCAUUACUGGGUACUGUAAUCUGGCACCGAAGUGUUGUGGUCACACAUUACAGCAAAUAUAGUUUGCUAUGGACCAGGUUUUUUGCCAACUGAUCUUCUAAAUUUCCAUUGUCGUUGAUUCAUAGUAUAAAUGUACAUUACUGUGAGUAUUAUUGUGGUGGAGCUCUGGUAUAAAUUCAGACACACCAACAAUACAGAAAGCAUUGACCAGAGGGACAGCGGGAUCUGUGCUCUAAACAGGACCAUCCCUCCUAAAAACAGGACAUUUGGCAGGUAUGUAGUUUGUGUUUUGGGUGAAUUGUUUUUAAAGCCUCAAUUUAUCUAGUGCAGUAACAAAUCAAAUCUAGCCUUCAGAUUUUGUGGCCUAAUCAUGCACAGACAUACCUCCAUACUGCUCCAGGUCUGGUGAGAUGGUUAAAAGUUUUGGAAUCCUGUCUCUUCAUCAUGGUACUUCUGGAUUCUCUGUGCCAAACUUCUGUCCUUCCCUCCUGAGAUGUUUUUGGGAACACCAGAAAAAGCACCUUAGACAUAAUGAUAAAUGUACUUGUGUCCAAUCCAGGGCAUUCGUUUCUAUACAACCAUUUUACAUGGAAGCAUGAACAGCUGUUGGUUGGGCUGGCAGGACCCAAUAUUUAAAUCGAUUUGGGUUCACCUGGGAACUUAAAACACCUGCGACAUUAAGUCGUUGGAACUUGCGAGCUUGGUGCCCUUCUGUACCAGUUUAAUUCUGCCCAGCAUACUAGAAAAUUAAGGUCCUCUCUCAAACAUUGGGCAUUCUUGCCUAGGUCCCCCAUUGAAACCGGAAAAAGGUUUUAAACCUUGCCUAUAAUCCAGCAGCGGACAAAGCUUUUGGCGGUUAUCUCCAUGCCCCGUCUGGCGUCAUCAAGGGCCUUGCAUGGUGCAGUCAAGUACUUCUCAUCAAGAAGCAUUUGAUUUGACCGUUUUUUCUGACACAAAGCAUGUGAGCUGUGCUGGCGUGGGGAGGGAGUAGAGAUUCAAGACAGGGAUUUGGUUGUUUUUUGUGCUUGAAUUUUUAUUUUUAUUUUUUACGGAGGAUAAAUGUAGGCUUGGUUUAUUAAUCGCUUGGUGUGUCUCGUUUCUCUUAGAUUUUUGCAUGGUAAAUCAGUCAUCAAAAAUCAAAAUCAAUAUAAAGUAGUCUUAAUUGUUUUAUAUAGUUAAAUAAACCCAUAUGGUGUGAAGGAGGAAAGGGAUGUGUAAUUAUCCCCCAGCACAAGAGGUAAUAUAUCGCUGAAUGUGCAGAAUUUCAAACAAACGCUGCACAUACAGACGCCUAUCACCAUGACCACUUCAAAUCACUAAAGUGGUUAGAGUAACCCUUUAAGAAUGUGUAGUCUGUGCUAAGGAUAGAUUGGUUGAAAAUAAUAAAUAAAUAAUUCCUGCACUGUGCCAGUGUACUUUUUCCUGGCUCUACAAAUGAUAUUUUUAUUUUCCCAAAAGGAGACUGUUGGCCUGCUUUCUACAAAAGUACCAGUGUUACAGCUGUAAGAGUUUCUAUUUUGAACUUCGGUUCGACUUUCUCUAGAAGGAGGAUAAAACCAGCAUAUGUAUCUCGGAAUGCAUUAUAGACUCGUCUUUAAACACUACUUACUGGCUAGCCUGCUGUUGAAACGGGUCUUAUUUAAAAAAAAAAAAAAAAAAAAAAAUUCUGUUCAGACAGAGUACUUUAACAAGCUAAGAAAAAUUAUUUUUAAAAAACCCUCACAAAACGUGAUAUCAACCAACCUCUUUCUUUUAGAAAUAUUGCCGUGUAAUAUCUUAAUUAAACAGCUGUCAAUAGUUAAAUACCCAUUGUUAGGUAUUGAAGUAUCUAGUAGUAAGUGGAGUUAAUACACUUACCUCAUUUUUGGUUAGAUGGUGUCUCCUGCAGGGACUGGCUUCUCCCAAUAUCUGGUUUAGUUGAAGUGACAAUAUGACCGCAAAUACACUCCACUGCCAAAAUAAAAGUAAAACAUCACUGUUCACUAGAUCUAACCCCAGUGAAAACUUGCAUGCAUUUUAAAUAUUUAUUUUUGCCGGUAUAUCUUUAUACUUGUAUAACAUACAGGCGCUCAGCCAUAAACCUAAUAUCAAUACAGGUAGGAAAUGUUGAUCACUCCAUUUCAUUUCCGGGUGUAAAAUAAAACUAAACAAAAAUAUUAUCAAAUGGAUGAUUAUAUACCGGUAUUUACAUUCUACAUAUUAAAGCCAAUUCCUAUCAGGCAAAGAUUUUUAGAUUGGGUUCCGGAAAGCAUGGACGGAGCCUCUCAGCUGCAGUUUAAAUGAUAAGUUAUGGGUUAUAUAAUACUAUGGAGUCCUUUCAUAUUCAAAUGAAUGAGAUGCUAAUUAAACCAUAAUCACUCUACUACCCAAAUACAAAAAACAUUGUUUAGUGGAUAUACCGCAAAUGAAAAAAAUUCAUGCAUUUUAAAGGGACACUAUAGUCACCAGAAUAACUACACCUUAUUGCAUUUGUUCUGGUGAGUAGAAUCAUUACCUUCAGGCUUUUUGCUGUAAACACUUUUUUUUUUGCAAAUGCAGUGUUUACAUUACAGCCUAGUGAUAACUUCACUGACCACUCCUCGGAUAGCUGUUGGAGAUCCUUCCUGGGUCAUGGCUGCCUAAAAUGCAUCCAAACAUUCAGUGUCUCCUCCCUCUGCAUGCAGACACUGAACUUUCCUCAUAGAGAUUCAUUGAUUCAAUUCAUCUCUGAGAAGAUGCUGAUUGGCCAGGGCUGUGUUUGAAUUGUGCUGGCUCUGCCCCUGAUCUGCCUCCUUGUCAGUCUCAGCCAAUCCUAUGGGGAAGCAUUGUGAUUGGAUCAGGCCACCACUUCUGAUGAUGCCAGAGGAAGUUCAGAGGCAGCAGCUUUAGACUUGAAUACAAAUAAGAUGUUACUAUCUUUAUGGGGCCAAGGGGGCUAGAUAGUUGUUUUAACCCUAUAGGGUCAGGAAUACAGGUUUGUGUUCCUGACCCUAUUGUGCUCAUUUAAUUAUGCAUUUUUCCAUGGGAGAUGUAUCUAAAAACCGUUUGCUAAAUAAAGUUGCUGAUCUCUUGCCUGCUGCCUUUGCAAUCCUUCCAUUUCUAACCCUGCUCAGACUUUCUGUGGCUGUCCAAUCACAGACUUCCCAAUGCAGCUCAAUGAGAAGUAUUUGCAAGGCAGGUGCUCUGAGCAAUUGCUUCACCUUAAGUUUAGCUCCCCUGAGCUAAACAAACCAGGAAGUAACAGGACUGAUUGUCUGACAGCCAGGGGAUAUACCAAAGUUAAUUUUAUAAAAAAUGACCAUUUGUAUUACAAGCUGCCCUUUUUGUCAAAUGCGGAGGGGGGAGAAAGUGUGGUGUUUACAUGUUUUGCAAAGUCCCCAGAUGCUGACUCUGACCCUUGCAGCGAGGUGGGUGUAGGAUGCAAGGUAAGGUGAGUUUUAAUUAAUUGAACCUGUCCUUUGCGGCCACUUGACUGGAGAAAAGCUCUGCAUGUGAGCAGAGACAUUGCCAGUGCUCCAAUAAAAGUCUUCUAUUGGGAACGAAUCUGUGUGUGCUAGCACACUUUAUUAUUUCUUUUCAUGUGUGUGUAUAUAUAACUUCUUUGAAGUUUGUAAACUUCCUAGUCUCUAAGGCAUUAUAGAAUUUCUCUCUUGUAUGGUGUGUGCAGUACCUUAUGUUGACUUCUACAGUGAUUUUAUCUUUAUGAAAUGCUCAGAGUGGUUUAUUUUUUUUGAGGGGAGGGGGUGUGGGGGGGCUUUGUGCUAUUCUUAUUAUUCUGGAAUGCAGAAAAAGCAUGAUGUCACAUUCUCACUAACUGGAAAUUAUUCGCUUGGAAGUCACAUCAGGGUCUCUGUCCAACAUUCUGCAUGAGAUGGCACUGAGAGUUUAACUGUAUCACUUCUUGUUAUAUAUUACACAAAAUAUCAGUCCUUUAAUGGGAAGUAUGCACUUAUGUUUUGUAGUUUCCUUGGGUACGGAGAGGAUUAUUCUGUUUUCGGGUAGUUUAUAUGUGGUAUUGACUGGUAGUGUGUGUAUGUGUGUGUGUAUGUAUAUAUGUGUGUGUGUGUGUAUAUAUAUAUAUAUAUAUAUAUAUAUAUAUAUAUAUAUAUAUAUAUAUAUAUAUAUAUAUAUAUAUAUAUAUAUAUAUAUAUAUAUAUAUCUCUCUAUCAUUUUAUACAUAUGCUUAUGCACCUAAACUUGUUUUUGGGGGAGAGACAUAACCUAAACCUACUAAUCCAUUGGAUCCAUGGUAACAGUAUGCCAUUCGAUAUUGAAAGAAGAGAACCUGUUUCUACCAGAGGAUCUGUAUCCUUAAACCAAUCCAGUAAUGAGCAAUUUAAAGGGGCAUCUUCAAAAGCAAGAAAAAGAAAGCUCAUCUCAUAUUGACACUUGGUUAAAGGUCCCAAAGUGUCCGACCUACUUUACUGAAUCCACUGUGCUCGGUUAAGUCUCUGGCUUCUUCCUGGUCCACAUAGAGAAGUGUGGUUACAGUAGAUGGAUCCUAGGCAGCUGGAUGAAUUGCUGGGUCCCAUAUAUGUAGGCCAAUAAACAGGCCACCACUGGUCUGAGUCCUGGCUCAGAAUGGGACUAGGAUGCCUCCUCCGCCUCUGCCAAAUAAUUAUGGAGGAGCGUGUCUGAAACGGAGUCAGUGGUGGUCCUUCACAGAAACUAGGAUAAGAGCUUGUCCAAUGGUUAUUAUUUUGCCUAGGGAAGAAUGAAGCAAUGUGCAGUCUUAAAAAGACCCUGUAAGCACUUCAGCGUAUUUUUCUAGUGCUAGAACUCCUUUUAUUUAUUCCUGAACCGUGCACUCACAAGAGGUUUUAAUAUUUUUGGAUAAGCUUUUCAAAUGAUUUUUAUUAUAUUUAUCCUAUUGUUUAAAAAUAAAAAUGUUAAACAUUCAUUCAAAAAUAUUAAAUCUAGCCCUUUAUUGUCCGUAAAAGAUAUGGGCUUUAAGUGCCUCGGUUCUUGUCAAACCGCUCAGAUGGUUUGACCUAAGCCUUAAGGAUUCUACCUAAAGACUCCUUGCACCAUAACCACUACAAUAAGCUGUGGUUAUAGAGUAAAGUGUCAUUUACAUCUCCAAAUCUUAAAUCUAAACCUAUUUUAUGUUCAUGGCCAUUCUGGACUUUUUUUAUUUUUGUAUUUUUUUUUUAUUUAUUUUUUAUUAUUAUUAUUUGGGUAAGCUUUCUUUUGUUUAAUGUGCAUCCGUUUUGAGGACCUGUUUUUGGAUUGUAAUCAAAUUUGUACCAACUGUUAAAUGGUGGGAAGUACUGUGUAAAUCAUUCAAAUUCAUGACUUAUUUUUUUUUUUUUUUAUUUUUUUUUUGCAGUCACAACACCAUCUGAGUCACUGUUUUUCAGAAAACCUUUUGUGUGAUCUCAUGUAGUAAACCCUGUCAACAAUAUGAAUGACCAAAAAACAAAAAAUACCAGGAAAGUGAUUUUUUUAUAUUUUGUGGAUGCACCUGCAAUCCAUUUAUACUUAUUUAUUUUUUUUUCUUCAUUUUAUUUCAAUUAGUCUUAAUUUGAAUUGGAUGUGCUAAAAGCGUAAAUUCAGUAUUUAACGCUAUCAUUUUCUGUAUCAUUCUCUCUUGUGAGUGAAGAAAAAAAAAUAUAUAUAUUUUAAUAUAAUUUUUUUUUUUUUUUUAUUGUGCUAGUUGAAUAGAAAAUGGGUUAAUGAGCGCCGAGCCUCGGACCACAAUGCUGGUAGAUACAGCCUUGACACAAAUUGCUUGCCAAUAUUUCAUGCCAACUCUAGGCAAAUGAGACAGAUGCAGUGAGAAAUAGUAAUAGUUGCAGGGCUGGGGGGGAAAGGCUCAGCUUGCAUUAUGUAAGCCGAGAAACGAACCUUGACGUGUGCCUAUUGAGGCGCAAAGAACUCAAUCUCUGCAGAAGGCACUUCUGAUUCAUUUGCAGAGCUAAUUUAUUUCCAUUGUCCUGGGACCACAAAAGCUAAGUUAUUGGAAGGGGCAAGUCAGCCAAUUACAAACCGUUUUUAUUCCACAGCGGAUGACUGCAUCAAGAAAUGCUAUAUAUUUGUCACCAUUGUGCCAAUGAUACUUCUAUAUCACUUUAUCGUUGGUAAUAGUCGACCAUGAAUCAUAAAUGCUCAUUUUUAUUUGUUCAUUUUAUCCUUCUUCCUGCAGUGUUUUUAUAAGUCUAAAUAACAUUUUCAAUAACAUUUGAAGAUCUGUCCUUUACAAAUAUCAGGAAUACAGCUCGAUGUACAUCUUUUUAUUUUGUGUGUUUCCGUUAUUUAACAUGGUUUUCUAUUUCAGUCAUUCUAUGCUAUUUUGUUUAGCUUUCAUUUGCGUUAAUACAGAUUUCGACUUGUAUAGUUCUGGGAUAGUUUGGGUAUUUUUUUUUUUUUUCAUGUAUUGUCCAGUAAAAUGAAGUUAUGUCUUCAGGAAAACAUGGUGGAUCUGCCAAGCAUGGUCCAUAUCCAAGGGAAAAAAAAAUACCACAAAGCAGGUGGAACACCAACGCACUAAUUCAAGUAAACUGAAAAGUGAACAAUAUCCGUACUGAAAUGCUUAAUUCGCAUUAAUCCUUACAGACUGAUUAGAUUGCCUGGCGACCGAGCCAGUUCCUGUCAGUCAACCUCACUACCCACCAUUGACCCCUUCUCUGCCAGCCAACCUCAUUUCCCACUGUUAACCCCUUCUCUGCCAGCCAACCUCAUUUCCCACUGUUAACCGCUUCUCUGCCAGUUCUUGUCAGCCGACAUCCCUAGAUAGAUAUAGACAUAGAGAGAGAGAGAGUUAUAGAUGGAUAAAGAGAGAACACAAAGCUCUACAGGUAUUUAUGAGUUUGUUGCUUUAUGUUUGUUUAUUAUAAACAUAUGACACUAUAUGAUAACUAAUCUGGUGAGGAAAUGUUUGUGUGUGAUGCGGUAUGUAAGCUUUAGUGUCUGAAUGCUGUAUUUGUAAUGUAACUUAGGAUGAGUACUUCUCAGACAGACCUUGUGGGCGUGUCAUUACUGAUUGUCCUAGAGAAUUACUGGAGCAUGGCCAUUGGUGGACAGUCUGGCUGAAAUGCAGGGGCAAAUUACAUUUACUAUUUGGGGGAUGGGGGGCGUGAUGCGUUUUUUGAUUUUCCUAUACAGUUCCUUUUGCGAUACGCCACAUUCCUUUACAAAUGUAAGGGGAACCUCCAAACUUUGCAAAAUAAACACAAUCGUUGGUAGAGUUAUACAAAUGUUUUGUGAAUAAAGCUGACACACAAACCACGCAUUGUAUCUGUUCGCCCACAAAUCAAGUUCCUUUACUGGAUGAUUUAUUUAUUUAUUGUGGGUGGUGGUGUGUUUUUUUUGUUUUUGUUUUUUUUUGUUUGUUUGUUUUUUCUUCCUUCAACUUGCUGCAAUUAAAAACCAGUGGGUCCAGUGAGACAAGCACAGGGCAAACUCCUUAUACUAUAACCUCUGUAAGAAGCAUAGGUUAUUGUGAUGCUCGGAGUGCUCAUUUUUAAAUAUACUGCAGUUAUGGAGUCUUGAAAACUAGAUCAUAUAGGAUCUAGAAAUCAUAUGGAUGUUACUGUGAACAAAAUACAUAAAGUAAAAUUAUCCUGAAUACAGGAAAGCAUAUUUACUGGGGUGACCUACAUAAAAACCAUUGCAGAGAUGGACUACAUUUCCCUUGAUGCUUUACCAGCGUUAAGGCUAGAAGAACAUUGUUCAAGAUGUAGUCCAUAAUAUCUGGAGUGCCGAAUGUUGCUUACCCCUAAACUAUUGGUAAAUGUCCCCUCAUACAUGCAAUAAGAUUCUGUGCAGAGCAAAAUAAAUGCUAAUGGCAUCUGAAUGAAAAACAAAAGCACCAGAGGGAAACUGAAGCAGCUCUGCGUGCAAGAACACUGUUAAAUUCAGACCAAUUCUUUUGUUACCAGUAAGCAGCCUCAAGCAACACAAGGGAAUUCAACCAAUCCCAAGUCUAAUUCCCUGAGUAGAGAAGAUGAGCGUAUACAGGUAAGUAGGAGGUAUAUCUUGCAGUUCCCGUGUAAUGCUGGGGAGGAUAGGAUAUCUGUCAUUAAAGGGACACUCCAAUGACCAAAUUAUAUACACACUGUUUUUAGUAGAUAUAUUCCUAAUGAACGCAUGCAUUUAUUUAUGCCUUUUUUUUUUUUUUCAGAAGAGAGCUGGCAGGUAGUCAGCCCGCCCCUUCCUUCAGACUAUGCACAGAGCAUUGCCAACGUGCUCCGUGCAUGGCCCUAAUGCCUAGUCCUGUCGUGCAGUUUGAAAUCUGCCGGCAGACUUAAAAUGAAUCUCUGCCACCACAUUAAAGCCACUGACGAAAUUAAUAACUGAAUUUUUUAUUUUUUUUUAAUUUAUUUUUUUACAGUGGUGAGAGAUAUUGGGUAGGAAGACUAUGCAAGCAAAAAGAUCUGAGUAACUUUGACCAGGGACAAAUUGUGAUGGCUAGAUGACUGGGUCAGAGCAUCUCCAAAGUCUUGUGGGUUGUUUUUGGUAUGCAGUGGUUGGUACCUACCAAAGGUGGAAGAGUUAAGGCUUAAACGGUGUCAGGGUCAUGGAUGCCCAAGGCUUGUUAAUGCACGUGGUGAGCAAAUCACACAGAAAAGCUACUUUAGAUCAAAUUUUAGCUAUGAUAGAAAGGUGUCGAACACAAAGUGCAUCAGUUUUUCUACAUAUGGGGUUGCGUAGCCGCAGACAGGUUAGUGACCAUGAUGUCCCCUGUCCAUCAAUGAGUGCUUUCAAAGGGACGUGAGCACCAGAACUGACCCAUGGAGCAAUGAAAGAAAGUUUGUUAGUCUGAAUCUUAUUAUUUUUUGAUCAGGUGGAUGGCUGGGUGCAUGUGUGUCGUCUACCUGGGGAAGAGAUAGCAACAGGAUGCAUUAUGGGAAGAAGGCAGGCCAGCAGAAGAAGUGUUAUGCUCUGGGAAACCUUGGGUCCUGGCAUUCACGUGGAUGUUACUUCGACACAUACCACCUUUGUAGAGAUUGUUGAGACCACGUACACCCCUUCAUGUUAUUGGUGUUCGCUGAUAGCAGUGACCUCUUUCAGCAGGACUGUGCACAAUGCCACACAGUAAAUAUUGUUCAGAAAUUGUUUGAGGAGCAUGACAACAUUUUAAAAGUGUUGCCUAGGCCUCCAAAUUCCCCAGAUCUCAAUCUGUGAUGGAAGAACAUAUCCAAUCCACGGAGACAUCACACCACAACUUGCAGGAGAUAAAAACAUUCUGCUAAUGCUUUGGUGCCAGAUACUAAAGGACACUUUCAGAGGUCUUAUGGAGUCCAUGUCUUGAUGCAUCCAUGCUGUUUUGGCAGCUCGAGAGGGAUCUACACAAUUUUAGGCAGCGCGUGUGUCCAAUAUAGUGAUAUAAUUGCCACCAAAUCCCAUUAACGUGAUAGUAAUGCAGUUUUGUUUUUAUUUUUUUUGUAUUGCCACUGCAGAAAAUGGAUUAUAAUGAAUCUAGUCAACAUACAGCCAAUAGCUACAAGUUAAAGGGACAAUAUAGUCACCAGAACAACUACAGCUUAAUGUAGUAGUUCCGGUGAGUACAAUAGUUCCCUUCAGACUUUUUUCAUGUAAACACUGCCUUUUUCAGAGAAAAGGCAGUGUUUACAUUGCCUCUAGGGACACCUCAAAGUAGCCACUACUUACAUGGCCACUGGAGGUGCUUCCUUGGGCAGUGCUGCUGAAAAGCAGCACUGACAUACAACGUCCCCAUGCUCUGCAUGGAGACACUAAAUUUUCCUCAUAGAGGUGUAUUGAUUCAAUGCAGCUCUGAGGAGGUCCUGAUUGGCCAAAACGGCAUUUGGCCCACCCCGUGCUGAUUUUAGUCAAUAUAAUGCUUUUCCUAUGGGAAAAUAUUGGAUUGGCUAAAAACCAGCCAUUUUGAUGUCACAAAUGGGGCAAAGAUAGUGGACCCAAGCGGCGCUGGAAAUAAGGGCUAAGGGGGGAAGCCACCUAAAUGGUGGGUUAACCCCUUAAGGACUGAGCCAAAUGUACACAUUGUGAUCAAAACAAAACGUACACAAAAACUUUAAUCCAUUAAACCCUUGGAAUCCAUUAAACUCUAUGCAGACACUGUCGUUUUGAAAGAGUGGUUAUUUUGUUUGUUUUGGGAUUGGUAGUUGUGUCUUGACACCUCCCAACAUUUCAAAUGGACAAAGAGGGACACUUUAAUUGUUGGGGUGUGGCUAGUGGCAAGGCUUUUCUGAAAUGUAUGCAAAUGUAAUUUAGAACAAGAACCAAAUCUAUAAUUUAUGCAGACUUCCUUAUAAACUUCUUUAUUGUAGAUUAAAGACACAUUAUUGUGAGCAUUAUUGCUGUGGAUCUUUGUCUUACACGCAGACACACCAACAAUAUAGAGCCCAUCGUAAAGCGCAACAGAGGGAUUUUGGACAAGAAUAAGGACUGUGCCUCCUAAAUAGGGACACUUGGGAGGUAUGUAUCUUUACUACGGAUUGACCGAUUAUCGGUCUGGCCAAUAUUCUGCAAUAUCGAUAUUUGCCAAUAAAGAUACAUACCAGGACCGCCGGGCCCAUGACCAGCCUGGAUGACCCAGCAAGCUCUUGCUUAUCUUCCCAGCAGCUCCCCUGUGUAAAUCUUGCUAGUCCCGCAGCCGUCAGAGCGUUGCCACAGGUUACCAUGGCAACGCAACGCGCGACACACAGGCCGCGAGAUUUACACAGGGGAGCUAUAGGCAGCUGAUAGGAAGGGAAGUAAGAGCUUGCUUGGCCCCUACUGCACAGUCCAUGCCACCAGACCACCAGCAAGUGCUAUAUCCCCCUCUCCCUGGCCAGGUAACAAGCAGGGAGGUGGGACUUUUUUUUUUUUUAUAUUUAAAAAAAAAAAAAAUUAAUAAAAAAUGCCCCCCCAUUUUACACAAAUUACAUACCUACAGACACACACACACACACACACACACACACACACACACACACUCUGCGCAUUCACUAUACACACACACACUCUGCAUUCAUUAUAUAUAUAUAUAUAUAUAUAUAUAUAUAUAUACACACACACACGUUCUGCAUUCAUUAUAUACACAAGCACACAUAUAUAUAUAUAUAUAUAUAUGUAUGUAUGUAUGUACAGACACACACUCUGCAUUUAUGUUAUAUACACACACACACACACACACUCUGCAUUCAUUAUAUACACACUACAUCUACUACACGUACAGCUCCCCUGUCUAAACACACUGCAUCCACUACAUGUGGCAUGUAUAUUAUGUGCAUUUACCUUUUAGAAAGUUUAGUUUUUUUCAAAAUGGUAAAUGUACAGAAUAUCAGUAAGUUAUCGGCUAUCUGCCUAAAAGUUCACAGAUUAUUGGUAUCUGCUCUAAAAAAAAAUCAAUAUCUGUCGAUUCCUAAUCUUUACAGCAAUUUCUAAUGAGCUUGUCAGAGAAAGGACAGCUAUAGUGCUUUAUAGUUUGUAUUCGUAGGUUUAACCCCUUGACGACUGUUCAGGACCGUCAUCGGAAAAAUCCCCUUGGGGACCGAUGACGGUCCUGAACCGUCAUGACCAUCUGGGCAUACUAACCUGAUCGCCGUCUGUCCCCCGGCGGCAAUCAGGACCCCGCGGCCACGUGAUCGCUCGAUCACGUGACCGCAAUAGGUGCCUGUGUAUCUGCCUGCAAGGUGGGCUGUCUGUGCUGACAGGCAGUCUCCCUGCAAAAUAAAAAUAAAAAAAGUUUUUUUAAAAAACAAUCCAUGUAAAAAAAAAAAAGUGUGUGUGUGUGUGUAUAUAAUGUCAUACUAAGUGUAUUUUUAUAUGAAUAUAAAAAUACACGUAUAAUUAAAUUACACACGUGUGUGUGUGUGUGUGUAUGUAUGUGUGUGUACGUAUGUGUGUACGUAUGUAUGUGUAUGUGUAUAUAUAUAUAUAUAUAUAUAUAUUAUAAAAUACAAAUAUGUUAAUUUAUUCUAACAGUAUGAUAUUAAUAUAUAUUUAUAUCUAAAUACACUUAGAAUGUAAUGAGAUAUAUAUAUAUAUAUGAAAUAUAUGUCCAUAUACUUAAUUACAUAAAUAAUUUCGUAAAUAUACACGUAGACGUCAAAUCUAUCAAUAUGUAUAUAUAUUAAAAUUCUACGUGCAUAUUUAUGUGAUAUUUUUACCUAAUUAAGUAAUUUUAACGAUUGCAAUUUGAGGGACAUGCCUGACAACCCAGGCCGAAAGUCCAGAGAAUUUAAUUUACUAGCACUGUGUUUAACCCUGUAACUUUCUAUGACACCCUAAAACCUGUACAUGGGGGUACUGUUUUACUCGGGAGACUUUGCUGAACACAAAUAUUAGUGAUUCAAAACAGUAAAACCUAUCACAGCGAUAAUAUUGUCAGUGAAAUUGACUUUUUUGCAUUUUUCACACACAAACAGCACUUUCACUGAUGAUAUUAUUGCUGUGAUACAUUUUACUGUUCUGAUACACUAAUAUUUGUGUUCAGCAAAGUCUCCUGAGUAUAACAGUACCCCACAUGUAAAGGUUUUAUGGUGUUUGUGAAAGUUACAGGGUCAAAUAUAAGGCUUGAUUUUACUUUUUUUUUUUUUUUGAUUCUUGAAAUUUGUCAGAUUGGUUAUGUUGCCUUUGAAAGUGUAUGGUAGCCCAGGAAUGAGAAUUACCCCCAUGAUGGCAUACCAUUUGCAAAAGACAACAACCCAAGGUAUUGCAAAUGGGGUAUGUUCAGCCUUUUUUUAGUAGCCACUUAGUCACAAACACUGGCCAAAGUUAGCGUUUUUUGCGUUUUUAACACACAAACAAAUAUAAAUGCUAAUUUUGGCCAGUGUUUGUGACUAGGUGGCUAUUAAAAAGACUGGACAUACCCUAUAUUGAAUAUCCUGGGUUGUCUACUUAAAAAAAUAUAAAUAAUGUACAUGUGAGGUGUGAUUCGGGGAUUUAUGACAGAUAAUGGUGUUACAAUGUUACUAUUAAAUAAAAAAAAAAUAUAUAUAUAUAUAUAUAUAUUGAAACUGCAAUUUCCUACUUGUAUUUAUAGGCCUAUAACUUGCAAUAAAGCAUGUAAAAACUGGGUGUUUUUUAAACUUGGGACAAAAUUUUGAAUCUAUUUAGCAGUUUUUUUAUUAUUAGUUUUUGUAGCUAAGUAAAAGAUUUUUCAAGUAAAAGUCCAAAAACAUGUAUUUUUUUUUUUCAAUAUUUCACCAUGUUUUAUUUUUUUUUUACAAAUAAAAUAUGACCUGAUACAAAUAAUGGUAUGUAAAGAAAGCCCUUCUUGUCCUGGAAAAAAACUAUAACUUGUAUGGGAACCGUAAAUGAGAGAGAGUAAACCCCCUCCCGCCCGCCUCUGGAAGGGGGAAAGGGGUAAUAACUUACCUUUUUCCAGCGCUGGGCGGGGAGCUCUCCGCCUCCGAUCCUCCCCGUCGGCUGAAUGCGCACGCGCGGCAAGAGCUGCGCGCGCCCAUUCAGCCCGUCGCAUAGAAAAGCAUUUACAAUCACAGUGAGAAGCACGCAAGCGCCUCUAGUGGCUGUCAAUGAGACAGCCACUAGAGGAUUAGGGGGAAGGCUUAACCCAUUCAUAAUUAUAGCAGUUUCUCUGAAACUGCUAUAAUUAUGAAAAAAUGGGUUAACCCUAGCUGGACCAGGCACCCAGACCACUUCAUUAAGCUAGAGUGCCUAGAGUGGUCCUUUAAUGUACAACAUCGCAAAAACAGGCCGGUCCUUAAGGGGUUAAAGAAGAUCCACUUAGAAGUUCAAUGUAUUUGCAUAGAAAUUAAUCUUCUAUGCAAAAGCAAUAUGAAAGUAUUGUAAAAGAAAAUGACGGCUUACCUGUCAUGUUAGGAGGGGAGAAAUGAGUAGCUGCGUCAAACAAAAAUAUCAUCUUAUGGUUCCGUUAGAAGUGGCUGGGCCAUUGGUAAUUUAAUAGCCAUCCAAGCAAGUCAGUCAAGAUCAUGUACAUUACAGCCAAAUGGUAGCCGAAUUUAUCAUCCGGAUGAAUGUGAUGGGUUUUGAUGACCUAGAUGGAGUGGAACUGUAGUCCAAGAACAUGUAGCAUAUAAAAAUCAAUGCAUGUGUGAUUUAAGAGACAUUGUAAAGAUGGUCAAGAAAUGUUUGAUUUAUUUGAACUAUCGAAAUGUUAACAACACUGAUGCCAUCUUAAUGCAGUAUUGAUUUAUUUUAUUUUUUUUUAAAAAGCAAAAGGUUGUUUUUUGGCUUUCUACAUUUGCGCCAUUUCUAGCUAAGAUCAAUCUAGAUAGCAGGGUAUUUCAGUGAGCAUGUUUGCUUUUUAUAAUUUACUUUAGGUAACACUUUAAAGAUUUUCUCCUGUGCUCUGCCGUGCUACCCAUAAUGAUAUUAAUAAAUGAAACCUGAAAGCCCGACGUGCGUUUUUUAGUUUGAGUUCAUCUGAUAAUCCAUAAGCCAUCAUAGACCUUCAGUGUGGAAAAAAAAAACAACUUAACUCCCAAUCAGCUUCCUGAAAUGCGUCGGUGGAGAUAGCAGGCCUAGCCACACCAUGAGACUCAGCCAGGCACGGUCAAACCACUCCAAUGAAAAAUUAAAUGUCUGUAUUUAAAACAUUACAUCAAAACAUCUUUCCAACAAAAUAAAGAAUUAAAAAGUAAAUAAAAUACGCAUAAUGAGACAAUGUAUUCUAUCUAUACUAUAUUAUUUAAUUCUAUCAUUUCACAUUCCGUUGUGACCCCCAUUAUUACAUACAGUCCUGCUGAAUACCACUAUAAGGGUGUAUUGGAAGGGAUCCUAUUCCUGUCCAGUCUGAGAGGCCCAAAUGAAAGACUGGAGAACCAUACACUUGCAGACAGGUGUCUUUUCUGUGUUCUGUCCCCUGUUCCCUAUCCAUGAACAGCAUGCUCCUGAUGCUUGCUGCAAUUUCAGUGAAACCUAGCCAGAAGAAGCACAUGCUGUACAGCUAGGAAUUUAAUGUAAUCCUGAAAUGUCAUAGAAUUUAUAGAGGGGUGGUGCAGCAAAGUCCUGUGAUCCAGCAUUCCCUCCCACCAGGUAGACUGGCAGAACUAUAUAUAUUAUGGAUCUUUCUUUUUGUAGUGGCUGUCUGGUGUAAAAUUAAACUUUGGGGGGGGGAGGAGAUAUACAAAUAUACUCCUGUCCCCACCACCAGCUGUAGAUCUAUUGGGCUACUAAGCAGCACAUCUGAGGCUUCAGUCUUCAAAAAUUCACAUGUAGCAAUGCCUAUGGGAUGCUAGCUUUUUUUUAAAUUUAUUUUUUACUUCUAAGACCUACUAUAAAACAUGUAGCCAAUUAUUUUAAAUUUCCCUACUCUUUUAAAUUUCAACUGCAUGUGCUAUAUGAAUGCUGAAAUGCCCUUUGUAAAAAAAAAAACUCUUUAUUCUCUAAAGGGGGAAAUGAUAAAGGCUGCAUCUAUCGAGAAUUUAAAUUGUUAUCCAUCCAGUUCAUUCCGAUAGUCAGCAAGGCUUGGUUCUGAGGAAGACCAAACCAUAUAAUCUGCUUAAUGCCUGUGAUAUAACAAUGACUGGGUAUUUAACAAACUAUAUCCUUCCCUUCUGCAUCAUUUAUCCAGGUACCAGACAGCUUGGCAAUGAGGCAGCUCCACCUUCUCGACAGAUCCGUUUACACAGAGUAUGUCUGCAAACACUAUCGGUAACCGAGUUUAUUACUGGCCACCCGAGUACCCGAGACAAACUAUUACUUUCCCAGUUUAGACAGCACUCCUCAUUUACAUCCUCUAUUUUUGGUUCAAAUGCUGGCAAAUGAUACCAGCAUGUAACCUCUCAACAGACAUUGCAAGUAAAACCCAUCUGAAACCAUGAAAGUGAGAUGGAAAAUCUAUGUACAUUUAAAUGCUAACCGUUCACUGAAGCACUUUGUGUACCCUAAACUGGUAGUGGGAGUCAGUGGCCCUAAUAUUCAUCCCUGAACUACAUAAAUAAUAUUUACUGUUAGCUAGACGUAAUACUUGGAACAUGUCAAUCCAUUAGAGUAAAUUAUUUACAUGUAAAAAUUUGUCUUUUGUUUUCUGGUUUUUGUUGAUGUGGGUGUUUUUUUUUUGUUUUUUUUUUUGUUUUUUAUAAAAAGCAGUUUUGCAUAUACAAUUAUGGUAAAAAAAAAAACAACCCUGCUUUUAUUUCUGCGUUGCAUCUGUUUCUGAUCCGUAGGUAUAUAUGGAUAAAAAUAGCAGCUUUAACAAUACUCCCCCCCCCUUUAAGAUGCUUAUAAAGGUUGUACUAUAUAAAUUAAAAGGAGACCUACUUUAGUUAAAAAAAAUAAAAAAAAAUAAAGUUCAAUUGGCUGCACAACAGAUGAUGCACAUCAUCAAAGGGGCACUCCUGACAGUAAUGAUCCACUGCAUUGCCUAAAUAAUGUAUGCAGAAUCAAUCGACCAAUCCAAAAGAUAAAACGUAAACCUUAAAAUGUUCUUUCUUUUUGUGCAAAUAAUUUUUAGCCAAUGUGGUAUUCUGGUAUUAAACAUACUGUCAGAUGUGUUUUUUAAACCAUAAAUGAACAAUUUUGAAAUGCCGACUGCACUAGCUGUUUAACUAUGUGUCUAUCACUAGCUUAAGCAUACAAUAAAAUACUCCUGAAACUGCCAAACUGGAUAUUUAUCUUCACACUGUUAUCUUCCAACAUUUAAAAAGAGGGACACUUUAGUUUGAAGGGAUGUUCUCAGAUAUUUAGUUAACUUACAGUUGCAAGAAAAAGUAUGUGAACCCUUUGGAAUGAUAUGGAUUUCUGCACAAAUUGGUCAUAAAAUGUGAUCUGAUCAUCAUCUAAGUCACAACAAUAGACAAUCACAGUCUGCUUAAACUAAUAACACACAAAGCAUGAAAUGUUGCCAUGUUUUUAUUGAACACACCAUGUAAACAUUCACAGUGCAGGUGGAAAAAGUAUGUGAACCCUUGGAUUUAAUAACUGGUUGAACCUCCUUUGGCAGCAAUAACUUCAACCAAAUGUUUCCUGUAGUUGCAGAUCAGACGUGCAUAACGGUCAGGAGUAAUUCUUGACCAUUCCUCUUUACAGAACUGUUUCAGUUCCGCAGUAUUCUUGGGAUGUCUGGUGUGACUCGCUAUCUUGAGGUCAUGCCACAGCAUCUCAAUUGGGUUGAGGUCAGGACUCUGACUGGGCCACUUCAGAAGGCGUAUUUUUUUCUGUUUAAGCCAUUCUGUUGUUGAUUUACUUCUAUGCUUUGGGUCAUUGUCCUGUUGCAACACCCAUCUUCUGUUGAGCUUCAGCUGGUAGACAGAUGGCCUUACGUUCAUUAUCAAAAUGUCUUGAUAAACUUGGGAAUUCAUUUUUCCUUCGACUAUAGCAACCGGCUAGGCCCUGAUGCAGCAAAGCAGCCCCAAACCAUGAUGCCCCCACCACCAUACUUCACAGUUGGGAUGAGGUGGUGGUGUUGGUGUGCUGUGCCUUUUUUUUCGCCACACAUAGUGUUGUGUGUUUCUUUCAAACAACUCAACUUUGGUUUCAUCUGUCCGCAGAAUAUUUUGCCAGUACUGCUGUGGAACAUCCAUGUGCUCUUGUGCAAACUGUAAACGUGCAGCAAUGUUUUGUUUGGACAGCAGUGGCUUCCUCUGUGGUAUCCUCCCAUGAAAUCCAUUCUUGUUUAGUGUUUUACGUAUUGUAGAUUCGCUAACAGGGAUGUUAGCAUUUGCCAGUGACUUUUGUAAGUCUUUAGCUGACACUAUGAUUCUUCUUCACCUCAUUGAGCAGUCUGCGCUGUGCUCUUGCAGUCAUCUUUACAGGACGGCCACUCCUAGGGAGAGUAGCAGCAGUGCUGAACUUUCUCCAUUUAUAGACAAUUUGUCUUACCAUGGACUGAUGAACAGCAAGGCUUUUGGAGAUACUUUUAUAACCCUUUCCAGCUUUAUGCAAGUCAACAAUUCUUAAUCGUAGGUCUUCUGAGAGCUCUUUUGUGCGAGGCAUCAUUCACAUCAGGCAAUGCUUCUUGUGAAAAGCAAACCCAGAACUGGUGUGUGUUUUUUAUAGGGCAGGGCAGCUGUAACCAACACCUCCAAUCUCAUCUCAUUGAUUGGACUCCAGUUGGCUGACAUCUCACUCCAAUUAGCUCUUGGAGAUGUCAUUAGUCUAGGGGUUCACAUACUUUUUCCACCUGCACUGUGAAUGUUUACAUGGUGUGUUCAAUAAAAACAUGGCAACAUUUCAUUCUUUGUGUGUUAUUAGUUUAAGCAGACUGUGAUUGUCUAUUGUUGUGACUUAGAUGAUGAUCAGAUCACAUUUUAUGACCAAUUUGUGCAGAAAUCCAUAUCAUUCCAAAGGGUUCACAUACUUUUUCUUGCAACUGUACUUAUAACGAUGUAUGUUAUUUGCAGACUGGUUUCUAGGCUCCUUUAUUGUAGUCUAAACCUCACUGGGAGUAUUAUUGCUGUGGAGAGGAGGUACACGAGGGACAGAGAUUUGGUCCCAAAAUAGGGAUUGUCCCUCCUAAAUAAGGGCAAUUGGAAGGUAUGAUGAGGUGCUGAAUAGCUCUCAUAUGCACAACAACAGUUAUGCCCAGAACAGGGAGUUUAUUUAUAGGUUAGUCAUCCGCUUUCUACUUAUUGAACACUGUUGGCUGAUUGACAAUUCUCCGACACUUACUGUGCAUACUAACAGGUAUAAUAUGCAGCAAGAAGGGAGUAUUUUGAGAAUGGAAGAGGUGGAUCAGAAUAGGCACAUGUCUUUGAUUGCAAUAUUCGGCAGUCAUAAACACUCCACCUACAAUAACACUGUGUGUCAUCCAUGUAUGCUUCAGAGAGUACAAAAAUGAGACAAAGUGUUCAAAUCAUUAAAGUUGUUGUGUUUUUUUUGUUUGUUUUUAUAAGUUAGAAUGCAACUUAUGUAAAAACACUAUAAAAUACAUAUAUAGGUAUGUAACUAUAGUCCCUUUGUGUAUGUCAAAGACCUGUCUAAAAUUCCUGUGAUUUAUCGCUGGUAGCACUGACAAAACAAUCUGUCAGAUGUUUCUGUUGGAGUGAUGUGAAGUCCCACGUGGUCUAUUGUAUGUUGAUCAUCCACAUGAUAUACAAAUAAGGACCAAUUUUCCUGCAUUAACCGCCAGACUAAUUUUCUCCCAUCGAGAAUAGACUUUUUAAAAACUUUUAACUUAUUUACCGAUUCAUUACAGUGAAUUAUUGGUUAUUGAGCAAAUGGAUGCAAUCUUUUUGUAUGCAUGUGGAAUGUUAAGAAUUUGUAUGAAAAAUGGACAACAAGGAACUCUUGGUAACAGCAAUAGAAUAGAAAGCUGGUUUGGUUUCAUGUUGGCCAGCUGCUUGUUUUUAUGUAGUCUAUGUAAUUUUAGUUGGCAAUGAGGUAAUAUUGGCAGAUCUUUGUGCAAAGAAGGUGAUUCUGGUAAUUAUAUUAUGUGGUGUCCCUGGUGGUCACUUGGCUGAUGGUUUGGUGACUUGGUUGACCUGGAAGACUAUGGAAGACCUGUUCAAUCUAUCUCCAAAUCCUGUCAUUUCCAUCUCAAAAACAUUGCGCGCAUCCGCCCCUACUUAAUGCCAGAUGCGACUAAGGUGUUGGUCCAUUCCACUGUCCUUUCUCGCCUUGACCACUGUAAUCCGCUUCUCAGUGAUCUUACGUGCUCCCAACUUGUGCCGUUACAGUCCAUAAUGACUGCAGCAGCGAGGCUCAUCUUCCUGUCCGCCCGUACCUCCCAUGCCUCACCCUUCUGUCAGUCCCUACAUUGGCUUCCUAUAAAAUAUAGAGCUCGGUUUAAAAUUCUGGUUCUUGCCUUUAAAUCUCUACAUAAUGCUGCUCCCACCUAUCUAUCCUCCCUUAUACACAAAUAUGUCCCAUCUAGGCCCUUACGAGCUGCUGAAGACUUACGUCUAUCUUCUGUCCGUACUCCCACCUCUGAUGCUCGCCUUCAUGAUUUCUCGAGGGCUGCACCGUUCCUGUGGAACUCGCUUCUCUCCUCUGUUAGAUGCUCACACAGUCUCCACUCCUUCAAAAAAAUCGUUAAAAACGCACUUCUUCAUAGAAGCGUAUCAAUAAAACUGUUAAUAGCUCCUGACUGAUUCCUCUACUGCAACUGUCAUUAGUCUAAUACUAUCCUUAGCUUUUUGUGUCACUUUACCCCACUCCCUCUAGCAUGUAAGCUCACUGAACAGGGCCCUCAAUCCCUCUGUUCCUGUGUGUCCAACUUGUCUGGUUACAACUACAUGUCUGUUCGUCCACCCAUUGUAAAGCGCUGCAGAAUUUGAUGGCGCUAUAUAAAUAUCAUAAAAAUCAUAAUAGGACUCUAACCUAGAGUAAUUUGUCAAUAUGGACACAAAUAAUUCCUCGGCCUAGUCUGGAAGGUUUACUAGUUUUACAUCCACUGGGACCUUUUUUCUGUGAAGAUGGUCCUUUCUGUAAUGGUUUUCAGUGUCUGUGACCAUACAUUUUAAUUGAUGAAAAGUCAUGUAAAGAAAGGAUGUGAUUUAUGUUUAGAAUGGGGGAAAAAAAAAUCAGAGUAUCCGUGUGUGUGUGUGUGUGUGUGUGUGUGUGAGUGAAUGUAUGUCUCUGUGAGCAUGUUUGCAUUUUUACACUGGUACCCUAUGUGUAUGGGGUAGCUGCUUAAAGAGGGGGGUGAUGAUGAGGGGGUAAUGCUGCUGAGGGAGGGAAUGAUGGGGCUAAUGCUGUGGGUGGUCGGGGGGGUGAUGCUGGGGGGUGUAAUGCUGAGGGUGGUGGGGGUGAUAGUGAGUGGUGUUACUGAGGAAGGGGGUGAUGGUGAGGGGGUAAUGCUGAGGGGACGCUGAGAGGGGGUAAUGCUGAGGUGUGAAAGGGGCUGCUGGAGGGUUGUGAGGGGGUGAUGCUGAGGGGUUGUGAGGGGUGAUGCUGAGGCUGUGAGGGGUGAUGCUGAGGGCUGUGAGGGGGUGAUGCUGAGGGCUGUGAGGGGUGAUGCUGAGGGUUGGGGAGGGGAGGUGAUAAUGAGGGGAGGGUGAUGUUGAGGGUGUGAUAGUGAGGUGGGGGUGGGUGAGGGUGAUGGUGAGGGGGGAGGAUGGUGGGAGGGGGGGGGCUGAUGAGGGUGGUGGGGGUGAUGUUGAGGGUGAUGGAAAGGGGGUAAUGCUGAGGGUAGUGAGGUGGUGAUGCCAGGGUGAUGGGGGGGGGUGAUUGGUGAGGGGGGGUGAUGCUGAGGGUAGUGGGGGGGGGAUGAUGGUGAGGGGGGGUAAUAGUGCCCCCCAUCCCUCACUUACCUGAUCUGUAGGCUGCCUCUGUGCUGCUCCCCUGCGGUUUCAGUCAUGAGCAGAGGCAGGGAUAAGCUGUGGCUUCCUGCCUUCUAACAUUCGGUAUUGCAGUGGAUUCUCACACAAACCAAAAAUAGCAGCACAAGCUGAAAAAUCCCCCCCCUCUCCUCCCCCCCCGCGGACGCCCAUGACUGUAUCCAAGCAUUGUCAUGGGAACACACAGCAACACUCGGACCAGCCUGCUCGCGGGAGGAACACAGAGCCUUUCAGGCCCUUACCUCCCUCUGCUGGAAUCAAGUGCCAGUGAUCUUUCCUUACAGCAAGGUUGGCUCUGCAUGGGUCGGCAGGGGAGAUUGGCCCACAGACAUCGAGGCCCACCAGGCGUUUAAUGCAGAACCCACCACCGUCCACUAGUGGAUGGUAGGGACCAGCUUGAAUACCCCUGGUCUAAAUGUAUGAUUUCCUUGGCUAUUUUCUACUGCUCUGUCUUUAGUGAAUCAACUCCUAAACGAUCAAAGUAAAUGUGUCUCUAGAGAGACACAGAGCCCAAGUGUUUGUGGCAGAAAAGGCAGUAUUUAAAUUUCUAUUUCUAGAUCAUUCAGAAUUUGAAAAAAACAACUUAAUGCUAUUAUUAGUAGCACUAUAUGGGCUUGCCAGUGCUGGAAUUUGUAAUGUUUAAAAAUAACCCAAGUUAAAUUAGUUAUGUGUUUUUUGUUUAUUUAUUUUGUGCUUGGGGCCAAAACUGUUUUUUUUUGGGUUUUUUUCUAAACACACUUGACAGCAUUAAUACUCUAUUAUUAGAGUUCUCUCUAUCAAAUCGUUUGUCGUGAAGGGGUUACAAAUAACAAGAUGCCAGAUAACAUUUCAUAUGUUAUGUUUAGAUCUAUUUUAGAAUCACAUCCUCAGAUGAACUUGAAGGGACCCGCACUUGACAAACUUUAUUUCUUACAUUUGUCAGUUGGGCUGAUGUUACUGCUAGCAAAUAUAUAACGCCUUUUUUUUUAAAUUUUUUUAUUGUGUGUUACUAAAAUCUAAUUUAGGACAACACAGACUAAUCCUACUCUAUGUGCAGAAAUAAAAUGUGUGGCAGUCACUAGCCUAAGCGUACAAUAAAAUACUCCUAAAAACUGCCAAACUGCCUUUUUAUCUUCACACUGUGUUAUCUUCCAACAUUUAAAAGAGGGACUCGUUUUUUUAAUUUGAAGGGAUGUGAGUGGGCAUGGGGCUGUGACGGGGCUGCUCUCAGAUAUAGUGUAGAUGACUUACUAAUAUUUAUGCAAUUAAAAUCUAAUUUAGAACAAGGUAUCCUAUUUACACAGACUGACUUCUAUACACAUUUAUUGUAGUCUAAAGAAACAUUACUGUGAGUAUUUAUUGCUGCGGAGCUCUGUUAUACACUCACACACCAAUGUCCCUCUUAAAUAAUGGCAGUUGAUAGAAACUGCCAAUUUCUACAAUGUGCUGUAGAUGAUUAUGGCAUCUCAUCUGAAAGAACUGUAUAGACUUAGUCUUGUGGAAUCUUCCACAUGCUCCUUUGCUGUACUCGUGAGCAUGCGCAAGAGCUCAAAGUUGGCACAGCUGUUGGCUAGGAGUUGAAGACUGGAAAGUGGCAACUCGAGAAGGAAAAUAUUUAGUAAAAUGUUAUAUUUCAUUUUACUUGCAGGCAACAUGCAAACCAACCCAACAUAUAUUUCAGGGGGGAAAAAAACUUUCCAAAAAAAGUACCCCACAAGUUGCAGUGCCACUUUAAGACCAAGCUCAUUAACCCUAGAAAAAUACAGAUAUGGAUGUGCGUGGCUGCAAGGAGGGGAGGGGGGGCACAUAAGGGGCCAGGGACAAAAGAAGGGGGGCAGUUCUAAAACGUGUGUAUGUGUGUGUGUAUGUGUGUGUAUAUAUAUAUAUAUGUAUGUGUGUAUAUAUAUAUGUAUAUGUAUGUAUAUAUAUAUAUGUGUGUAUAUAUAUAUAUGUGUGUGUGUAUAUAUAUAUAUAUGUAUAUAUAUAUAUAAUAUAUACACAUACACACACGGCUCUGCAAAUGUCGGUCAAGACAUUUCGCCCUGGCAUUUGUCAGCCCUUUGCUAAGCCGCACAUGAAACAGAGGUGGGGAGCAUGUAGAUGGCGCGUGAGGGAGCUGUAACCUUAGUGCAGAGGAGCAGAGAGAAACUGCAUGAAGACUGAGCGGAAACACACUGGACGCCAGGGAAAGAUUCACUCUGCUCUCCCAAAGGCUGGGUGGAUUUAAAUUAAAAUAAAAAUGGCAAUUUGUGAAUGUGUGAGAAAGUGUGUGUGUGUGUGUGUGUAUGUGUGCGCGUGCGUGCAUUGAAAGGGCCUGUAAAGUGUGUGCAUCUAGGGGCCGCAUUGAGUAUAUGUGUAUUGGGGUUGCAUUGUGUGCUUAUCAAGGAGCUGUAGUUAUGUGUGUGUGUGUGUGUGUGGGGGAGGGGCAAAGGUGUACUCUGUGUUGGUGGGAGUGUACUGUAUGUAGGGGAUUCACUGUCUGUGAGGGUGUACCGUGUUCAGAGGGUGUAGAGUGGGACAGUGAAGAGCUUUACAAUUUUUACUUUAAAAAUUGUUUACAAAAAAGAGUAUUCACCUCUCAUCUUAACUUGCAGGGAGGGGGUGGCACAAUCAGAUCCAUGGUGGUUGAGAAGGCUGCCUAUCCAUCAGAUACAGGGGUGAGAGAGUUCUGUCUCUUGGGCCCCCCCAGUGACACCACUGCUGCAAGCCCAGAUAUCUCCAGUUACCCACUCCAGUAACCAUCUUUGAGGAGUAAAAAAUGAUAAAAAAAAAAAAAAAGUCAAACAAUAUAUACACAUAUAUUGCCGGUUCUGAGAAUAUAUAUAACACCAUUUGGGUUAAUUCUCUCAUGCAUACAUUGUCUGCAUGAUUGUUCCAUAUUCAUGCAAAAUAGCAAAACCCUUUGGCAUUACAGUUGAAAUUCACUUUGAAUUUAUUUGGAAUUCUCACUCUAGUAAAUAACCCUGUAUGAGAAAAUCUUUUGUCUGUGUUUUGAACUCCGUCCUGAAAUGUGAUGUACAAAGUGUGUGUAUCAGUGUAACUGGAAAUUGCGUCUAGAUAUAUUUCUAGGAAAUUCUGGCUGAACAUUUUUAUUUUUUACCAGCUGCGUCCCAGAUGAGUGGUCUAAUCUUUGUAUCCUUGGGUACGCGUUGCUUGUAGUAACAUUUCACUAAAUAAGCGUCACUAUCUGUACUCUGUGCCACUAGGCAUGCAGAGUCUAAUCGACCUGUAGAGAGAAGAAUGGACAAAAUGUUUUCUUUGCCCCAGGUCAAUCAUGCCCUUUUAAAAAAAAUCAUUAAACACACCGAUUAUGACAGCAGAAAAAGUAAGCUGUCCUAGUUGGUUGUCUGUUAAGCGGGAAUUGUUGCUUAUUUGGUAAUUGUGACCAUCGGGUGAAACCUAGAAAAUCACCUAUGAUUGAUUUACCUUUUUUCAAAAGAUGAUUAUUUUUAAAUCUGUAAUAAAGAUUUUAGCAAAUGGUAACAUAAUAGAGUUCAGACAAGACAACUCCAUGGAGAACAUUGUAGAUGAAGAGGAGAAAUAAAAAUCUUGUGGGAUAUUUAAGUGUUCUGUGCUAAGAAGUGGUCUGAAGUAUUAAACGUGGGGCAAUCACCAAGGAAAUGUCAUGCUUACCCACGUUGGGGACUGUCAGCAGAUGGAGAGGGAUCCUCUCCGCAGACCCAGACUUUCCUCUAGCAGUUCCAACACCAGCCGCUGUGGCUCCGCCCCCUUUUGUGACGCGGCAUGUGCGCACCGACAUCAUGACGCUGAUGAUGUCACGGCCCGCUAAAAUGCCUGAAUUCAACAGUUUUGGGGGCAUGGCUUCAAAUUUAAAGAACCAGACUAUAAAAGGAAAGUAAUGGGGCGAAAGAAGCCACUGAAACACAACCCUUUUCUGAUGGAGUGAAACUAAAAAAACUUCCUGUUAUUUAAAUGUGAACAGGGUUUUGGGAUAGUGAGUAACUUUUUAUUUUUUAAUUAUUGAUUUUUAUUUAACCACUUAAGGACACAUGACGUGUGAAAUGUCAUGAUUCCCUUUUAUUCCAGAAGUUUGGUCCUUAAGGGGUUAAUAUCUUUUGUGCAUAUUUAGGGAGAAUCCUCCAUCUACACACCUAAUGCCAACAGUACUAAAGGCAUAGCCGGAUUAACCAUUAGGCAACCUAAGGCCGUUUCCUUAGGCCAACGGGUAGACGGGGACGCCAGAGUCAUGAAGAUGCUCGGCCUGAUUCACCAUCUUUUAUAAAUUUAGAGGAUCCCAAAUUGUAACUUGGCCAGCUUCCUGUGGGAUUUUUAUUCUUAUCUGAUCAAAAGGGUGUCUCUCUUUGUCUCUGUUUCUCUUGUUAUAUAGAGAUAUAGAGAUCUAGAUUUACCAAAAAAAAACAAACCCAGGAAGCUAUUAUUUUUUAUUUAUUGGUUGAAAGAAUAAGUAUCGUAACCCUACUACGAAGGGUAAGAAAGGGGCUUGGUGUCUAAAAUUUAAUUAAGCAGGAUCCCAUACAGCAUACUGUCUAUCUAGCAGUUAGAUUGUGUUGCAUACUUGGAAUGCUAGCUGAGUGCUAAACUCAUAGGCAAUUCUUUUUUGAUGCAUACUUAUGUCAUCAUGCAGCUAAAAUUAGCCUGGUGCAAUUGACAGGAAACGCAGGUAUCUGAUAUCCAGAGAUGGAUGGAAUAUCCCACGGGCUUCAGUGAUGUGACUUGUCUGGUCAAAACUCUGCAGACAGCCUGCUGCGGAAAUAGCCAUUAUCUAACAGCAAAGCUGCCUCAAUCCGCUUUCUCAUCAGAUCAGGCUUGGUUAAUAAUCUUUAGUAUUUUCUGUGGAGCUGUGCAAUAGUCUAUAAUUCUCAAAAUCAUCAUCCAACUCCCUUUGAGAGAAGCAGGAUUUAUAAACAUUUUAUAUUAAAACAAAUGUAAGUCUUUUACUCAUAAGCUCUGACUGUGACUGAUCCCCCUACAAAUUGAGAUUGAGACUCUCAGGGAUUUUAGUUAUUUUGUCACAAGGUUUUGUUUUUUGUUUUUUUGUUUUUUUUAUAGCUAUAAAUAAAUUUAGAAGAUGAACAGUAUCACUAAUUUUAAAAUGUCCUUUUCUUACUUAUGAACAUGUAACAAGUUUUCAUGUUGCUUGUAAGAUUAGACUGGAGCAGCUCUCCUGGGAGGUUAAACAAGACAAACUUGUGACUUUUUGGGAUUUUGUUUGCAUUACAUUUCAUCCACAUCCGAGUAAGCUUGGAUAUUUUAAUUAUUUGUACAAAGGAUUUGAUUGGCUUUGAAGAAUUCAACAGGGUGUUUUUGUGUUUUUAUCAUAUACACUUUAUGAACAGCUUAUAUAACAGGGUUAUAGAUUAUUCUAGUCAACCUGGACUUCAGUUGGCAUUGUAGACAAACACCAUCCUAAUGUAGUUUUAAACUGUACAUUUAAGUUAAUUUUCUGUUGGCCAUAAUUUUGGAAAUCUGGUUAAAUAAUGGAAUGGAACGGUUUAAAAAAAAAAAAAAAAAUUUACAUUUUUUUUAUUUUGAAUAACAGUAUAAAAAUUUAAAUGGCCACAUGAUGUUGAAUCAGACCUUUGAAAGGAGAGAUAUUCAUACAUCCUGUCUGUCCUGAAAAUAAAGUAUUCUGAUAGUACAGGGAGUGCAGAAUUAUUAGGCAAGUUGUAUUUUUGAGGAUUAAUUUUAUUAUUGAACAACAACCAUGUUCUCAAUGAACCCAAAAAACUCAUUAAUAUCAAAGCUGAAUAUUUUUGGAAGUAGUUUUUAGUUUGUUUUUAGUUAUAGCUAUGUUAGGGGGAUAUCUGUGUGUGCAGGUGACUAUUACUGUGCAUAAUUAUUAGGCAACUUAACAAAAAACAAAUAUAUACCCAUUUCAAUUAUUUAUUAUUACCAGUGAAACCAAUAUAACAUCUCAACAUUCACAAAUAUACAUUUCUGACAUUCAAAAACAAAACAAAAACAAAUCAGUGACCAAUAUAGCCACCUUUCUUUGCAAGGACACUCAAAAGCCUGCCAUCCAUGGAUUCUGUCAGUGUUUUGAUCUGUUCACCAUCAACAUUGCGUGCAGCAGCAACCACAGCCUCCCAGACACUGUUCAGAGAGGUGUACUGUUUUCCCUCCUUGUAAAUCUCACAUUUGAUGAUGGACCACAGGUUCUCAAUGGGGUUCAGAUCAGGUGAACAAGGAGGCCAUGUCAUUAGAUUUUCUUCUUUUAUACCCUUUCUUGCCAGCCACGCUGUGGAGUACUUGGACGCGUGUGAUGGAGCAUUGUCCUGCAUGAAAAUCAUGUUUUUCUUGAAGGAUGCAGACUUCUUCCUGUACCACUGCUUGAAGAAGGUGUCUUCCAGGAACUGGCAGUAGGACUGGGAGUUGAGCUUGACUCCAUCCUCAACCCGAAAAGGCCCCACAAGCUCAUCUUUGAUGAUACCAGCCCAAACCAGUACUCCACCUCCACCUUGCUGGCGUCUGAGUCGGACUGGAGCUCUCUGCCCUUUACCAAUCCAGCCACGGGCCCAUCCAUCUGGCCCAUCAAGACUCACUCUCAUUUCAUCAGUCCAUAAAAUCUUAGAAAAAUCAGUCUUGAGAUAUUUCUUGGCCCAGUCUUGACGUUUCAGCUUGUGUGUCUUGUUCAGUGGUGGUCGUCUUUCAGCCUUUCUUACCUUGGCCAUGUCUCUGAGUAUUGCACACCUUGUGCUUUUGGGCACUCCAGUGAUGUUGCAGCUCUGAAAUAUGGCCAAACUGGUGGCAAGUGGCAUCGUGGCAGCUGCACGCUUGACUUUUCUCAGUUCAUGGGCAGUUAUUUUGCGCCUUGGUUUUUCCACACGCUUCUUGCGACCCUGUUGACUAUUUUGAAUGAAACGCUUGAUUGUUCGAUGAUCACGCUUCAGAAGCUUUGCAAUUUUAAGAGUGCUGCAUCCCUCUGCAAGAUAUCUCACUAUUUUUGACUUUUCUGAGCCUGUCAAGUCCUUCUUUUGACCAUUUUGCCAAAGGAAAGGAAGUUGCCUAAUAAUUAUGCACACCUGAUAUAGGGUGUUGAUGUCAUUAGACCACACCCCUUCUCAUUACAGAGAUGCACAUCACCUAAUAUGCUUAAUUGGUAGUAGGCUUUCGAGCCUAUACAGCUUGGAGUAAGACAACAUGCACAAAGAGGAUGAUGUGGUCAAAAUACUCAUUUGCCUAAUAAUUCUGCACUCCCUGUAUUUGCCCACUGAAUGACUUUGUUUAUGCUGUGGGUUGUUUAACUGAAAGUGACAGUGACUGGUUUGUCAUUGGUACAGCAUGCAUCAUACAGUUCACAUUUUUACUGUAUUCAGUUAAAACCAAAGUCUCAAUUUGGUUUCCCAGGGAGCAAUAUUAUAGUCAUGUUCUCACAUGAGGGUCGCUGGUCCUUACUGUUGGAUGCACACACAUCCAUACACAAAAAUCUGUACUUCUGUUCUCAGAGAUACACACAAAUCUUAACUCCUACACACCGCUUCAUACUUCCGUAUCAACACAGCUCUGCACACCCACACAAUUUGAAGCAUUUCUGAGCUAUUAUUGGAGGAUGCUUUCCUAUGCUGUGUAUAUAUUCCAGCCUAUUUGCUGAAUUUCUGAAAAUUUUGUUUCUGAAAGCAUGACCUGUGAUAGGAAUAGAAGUACUUAUGUUCUGCCACGACAAUUAAAAUCACCUGAGUAAUGUUGUGUAGUUCCUCCUCAUACUGCCAAAACCUCUCUAAUGCGUCAAAGCAUGGCCUGUACAAGAUCUCUGAAGGUAUCCUGUCGUAUCAGGCACCAAGACAUUGGCAGUAGAUUAUGUCCUGCUGGUUGCGAGGUGGGACCUCCAGGAAUUGGAUUUGUGUUCCAGUACAUCCCACAGAUACUCAAUCAGAUGUGUACGUUAUCUGUGAAAGUUCAGCUAUUAUUGUUGAAGAGGUUAUUUAAACAUAAGAAAGCCACUUAGAAUCAUCAUCACAACAUCGCACUGUAAACCUAUGUGUAUGCCCAUAUCAUUAAGGGAUGAGGGGCCCAGCAUGCCUUGUGAACACAUGCCAAUAUACCUUUUUUUUUUAUUUUUUUUUUAUUUAUCUCAACUCAACUGUUUUUUGAUGGAGUGAAGGAAGAUACAGACAGCAGUAAAUAAAAAUUGCACAAUAGUCCCAUUUAAGUAUAUCUUCUCAAGUCAAUAUCUGAGCAAAUUCAUACGUAUAAAUACACAUCAAUAGUAUUGAGUAAGAGGCAACCAGGCACACUAGAACAUUAAAUGGAGUAAGCAUCAUUGCUUUCUCAAAUAUGGUGUACCUCUUUCAGUGUGAGAGGAAACAAAAGAACCAAAUAGAUAUGUGAGUUGCUCUGUUACCCUCUCAAUUUUAUAUUCAAUUUAAAACUUCAAUAAGUGUGAAGAAGGGGAAAAAACAGAUAAAGAAACUAAUCAGAAAAAUAACCCAUACAAUAGGUGAUAAUUGAAAGGAAACCUUACACAAAUAUGUGUGUGUUUCAGGAUGAUCACAUACCGCAAAACUGUACCUCGAAAAAAAUUUACUGUGGAAAUACAUAGCUCACUGCUUUAUGGGAUAUCUGUAAUUUGUAUUUUAGCCGAAGCUGCGUGUGACAAAUGUCGCUUUCCACGGACUCCUGGAGGAGUGUGGAAGCUGGCCUCCUGCCCACCGAUUAUGGGCCAGGUCAACGACUGUAAAGACCCAUAUUUUAUUCCCCCUGGUUCGACACUUUCCAUUCAUGCGCGUAGAACCGAACGCUAGCUCCCUGGCCAUUCGAAUAGACUUCAGGGGGGCUUAGCCGCGAAUGCCCUGGAAUUAUUUUCGGCAUCAAGACUUCACGGUUCCUGGUCGGUCCCCAGCAGCACUUAGCCGCGAUUCUAUGGAACUAUUUUUGGCAUGGGACCAUGUGUGCGGUCGGUCAAAUUAUGACUUCCAGGAAAUUCCUGAACCGAUCUGGGUGAUUUUGGGAUAUUUUGGUCACCCAGAUCAGGGCUAUCAGGGGAUGUAACUUUUGUGGAGAUUUUGUGUGUUUUAAGGUAUUUUGGAGGUUUUGUAAAAAUGUGUUUUCUGUGCCUGGAGAUAAUUUUACAGUUUUAUACAGUGGCUUACUCAAUUAUCUCCCAGGCAUAGAGGAGGAAUUUACCUAUUAUUUUUUUUUUUUUUUGUAUGGGAGUGUCCUGGACCUGAGAGCCAAUGUAAUCGUGUAUAUGUUUUCACUGUAGUCUACUCUCAGGUCCAGGGGGAGUGCCCCUUGCAUUGGAACCUGCAUAUAAGGCUAGUUGUGGCUUUUAUCCUUCGUGAAGUCCAGGCUCAUGUUUGGGGGAUUGGAGAGCUAUAUUCACUCUGGGGAUUGCUAUGAUCACUAUACUCCCUUGGAUCACAACAAAUUGCUCUUGUAAAAGCAUCCUGCUUCCCUCUCUGUACUGGAAGCUGGAUCCUGGUCUUGGGUCCAGGGUGGGUGGAGGACAGCGAGACCCCAACCAAGCUGUGGCGGUUUGUGGGGUUCACGGUGGUUAUGGUGUCCAGGGCAGUGAUUAUGGUACUCAGGAAUUACUAGGAAGCAGCGAAUGAUGGGGGUACCUAGUUGGGGUGUCAGGUGGUCCAUCACACUGCUUUUAAGAGGCAACAUGUUUGCAAGAAAAAAAUAGUAUUUUAGGGUUUUUUUUCCCCAUACAUAGUUAAUCUAAAAGUGAAAUAUAGAAGAUGUAGGAUGUAUGGACUGGCUUUCAUUUUGAACUGAUGUGAAAAUGACUUGAUUUUAAUUGGAUACCUGGACCCCAUUCAUUAUAUUUAACCAUAACUCUGUACUAACAGCACCCAUAAAAAGCAAAAUGACAUUUAUCCUGAUGGGACCCCCCCCCCCAACACAUAGAAAUACUGAUGUGUCGACAAAUUGGUUAUCUAAAAGAUUAUACCUUCAUGUCUUAUUCCCUGAUUCUUAAUUUGGUGUCCUUGGCCUAAUGUAGUAUUCUACUAAAUUAAUUUUCCAGCAGGAUAUUCCGUUCUCACACAUUCCAUUAGCUUGAUACCAUUGCAGCAUGACCCCUUGUUCUAGUGCAUGUCAUUCUUCGAACUGACAAAUCCUUACUUCCUGUACUUCUUAAAUUCCUCAUUUGGAAUCUUCAUCCAUUUUCUGGAUCUUCAUAAUAGCCAGUGAUUUUCGUGAUAUUGUGAUACCUCGCUUAUACAACAUUUUCCUGUCAUCCUUAACCAGUCUGUACAUGUGGCAAUAUCCUGUUCGUGUGGUCGGUAUUCAUAAUCCUUCAAGAUUUCAUAAAUAUGGCACAUGCUAGAAUAUCAUGUUGGUCUACCCUUUUUGGUGCCAUUGAUGGUAAACGUCUCUAAGCACGUCUCCUGUAAUCCAUUGCAGCAGUUACAUAAGCAAUGAUUUUCUCACAGAAAGAAUAUGGCUUUUAUUAAAAUUGCUUAUAAACGUGCAAAUCAUACAUGAUUUUAUUACAUGUAAGAUGACCUCCUCAAAAACACAGCAUAGUACAGACAGUACUUUUUUAUUUUCAUGGAAAAACCUUGGCGACUGAAAUGACCGAAUCGCAUGUGAUGCAAAUGUUUGAUGCGUAAUAGUUGUAACUGUUAUGUUAUUUUGUGUCCUUCCCAAUAACACUUAGGCAAAUACUUGCUGAAUGACUCAUGCUCCACCCAUGUACGCUAGCACAGCAUGCAUCAGUGGUAAGAGAUUCACCCUGCUGAGUCUAUCCACACAAAUAUGACUUUGGAAAAUCAAACACAUUUUCUUAUAAUUGCUGCACUUUUUACCUGCUGCUUCAGACCUGUUUAAAGGUCUGGCUGGCUUAUUUUACAUGUGAUCUAUAUAUACAGUCUGUCUUGCCUUCUUUUCACCUCCCUCCGUGCUUUAAUAAGAGCUAACUGGAUAAUCUUUUCAGCUAAUUAUCCCAAUAUAAAUGUUGUACUACUUUGAUCUUCAAAAUAGCUUUUAUGUACGACACAGCAAUUGGUUUAAAAUAUAUUUUAUUCAUGAAUAGGUUGUAUUUUGUCGUUUGUCUGUGCUUAUGUUUUGUUUUUUUCCCAUAAUACAGUUUCUUUAACCCCUUAAGCACACAUGAUGUGUGACAUGUCAUGAUUCCCUUUUAUUCCAGAAGUUUGGUCCUUAAGGGGUUAAAGAGAAAGGGUCCCUUCCCGUUGUUCUCAACAGGGUUUUUUUACUAUACAUUUAUUUAUAUUUUUCCAAAUUAAAACCUUUAUCGAGGAGUGAAAAAAUACAUACACAAGGCAAAGAAUUAAUGCAUGAUACUGACAAGCAGGUCCAAGUGCAAACAUCAUAUCCUUGAUACAAGCAAGAGGAAAGUACUGCUGGAAAUUUAAGUAUUUGUCAUUCCCGAACAUCUCAAUGACAGUUCAGAUGAGUAGCUAGCUCUACAGUUCACUCACAAGCAUAUUUGACACAUGUAGACUUCCUAAAGGUUGAAGCUAUUGAAUUAGGUAUAUCCACAACCCACAGAGUAAAUGGCAUAAGUCCCUGCUCAUUUAGAUUCCUCGCAGUACAAUGUCCCAAUAUAAGGAAAGGAAAAGAUGAAAAAAUAAACAAGAAUUGAGUUAAGGGGGCAUAAGAAAAACUAAGCAUUGUGUCCUAGGAGGGGCUGUAAGCAACAUCGAAUUAGACUCGAGGUGAAGUGCUUUGCUCUUUAUGGAUUACAGCAGCGGUUCCCAAACGGUGUGCUGCGGCGCCCAACGGAAUCACAGAUGAUAGCACUGGGAACUGUGCCUCCCUCUCCCCUGCCGGCUCUGCAGGACCAGAGGGGAGAUCAGAGAUCUUUCUUUUUUUUUUUUUUUAUUUAUUUUAAAAAUCUAUAUUUAAUCUACCCUCCAAACCUACAAUAAUUAUCCCUAUUCCAUACAAACUGCCCCCAUAUAAACACACACACACACACACACACACACACACACACACACACACACGCUCUGCCCCUCUAUACGCCUACUGUACCCGUCAAUACAAACACACACACAAUGCACCCCCCACACACUACAUCCUUCACAAACACAGUGCACCCCCGUGUACACACUGCACCCCUCACACACACACCCACACACACACCAAUGCCCCUAUCCUGAUCCCCCUGUUCUUAGACAGUUUGACUACUUACCCUGGGAGGGCUCCACGAAACUCCUGGCACUUUAACCACUACAGCGUGCUGUAGUGAUUAUUGUGCCUGGAUUGUUACAAGGGCCCAGUAUAUGUAUACCACCUAGAAAUAGUUUUGCCUUGGGGCGCCUUGGAAAAAUAUUGCUUGAACUUAAAAAGUUUGGGGACCACUGGGUUACAGUAUACUUUCUGUAUUCCUGGUCUUCUGCUGUAUUGUGAGAUUCAGUUAAAAUGAGCCGUGGAGAGUCCUGCAAAAGAGAGACCGGCGGUUGCGGGUAAACAUGUUUGUUUAUCCCUGUAUUUACUAAAUGUGGAUUUGUGCCGUAUGAAAAAGUAGAAUUAAAUUUAGAUACUCUCACCAGUCCUUUAAUUGUGUGACUUUAUUUUAGCUCCAUGUCAAUCAAUAUUAUAAGCUCUGUCAUUUGCACCUAGCAGUGAGCAUAGAGAGAGCAUACAGAGAAGAGGAGAAAUGAAACCAUGUUUCUACUUCUCCUCUUCAUUUGCAAUGGUUGCCCUGGCUUUACUGGGUCUGACCUAGAUUAUGAUGUAAUUUGCACACACAAAGUUUUUUUUAAUAUACAAAAGAAUCAAGCAAAGUGACGCUAAUAAUUUACAGUAUCGUGGUACAAUAUAUACAUGUACAAAAGGUAACAAAGGUAAAGCAGCACCUUACCAGUGGAAAAGCUCUAAAAACACCCAAUCAAACAAAUAUUAGAUAAAAAAGGUCUGCUAUACCUUUAAAAAUUUAAAGUGCAGCAAAGUGAAAGAAAGUGUCAGUGCAAUGCAAAAUAUUGUGUUCAAAAUAUCAAAUACAAUUCAAUAAAUGUGCAAAUUCACAAGUGUGUUAUGUGUUUAAAAUGUACUAAAACAACUUAAUAAGGAAAUAUAGUUCUUAUAUAUCUCUGGAAGAAAUAGUGUGACAUCCCUAUUUCCUUAGUAAGUUGUUUUAGUACAUUUUACACACAUAACACACUUGUGAAUGCACAUUUAACUGUAUUUGAUGUUUUGAACACCAUAUUGUGCAUUGCACGGACACUUUCACUUUGCUGCACUUUUUUUUAAUUUUAUAUAUAUUUUUUAACAGAGCAUCUUAGAGAGAGGAAAAAACGUUAACAUGAGUUAUGGAUGAUUAUUUUUAACAAUUUAUUCAGUGGUAUAAAUUCCAGAGAACCCGACCGUACACCUUAUCCAUUAUUGUUAAGUUAAAACAACUUUUUGGUUAUCUGUGGUAGAAUGUAAAAUAACCUGUUAAUAGUGGCAAUGUUGUAAAGUAUUUAUGUAGUAUUAUAGGGUUUGUAGUACUGUUGGCCAUUUGCAAAUAUGGUAUAAAAACUUUCUAGUAAAUCUUUAAUAUUUAUUUUGUGAUACAAACUUUAUUUCUAAAAGUAAAAAAAGUGCUCUAUGUUCUACUACUAGGCUAAACCGUUACUUAAAGAAUGCAAGUAAUGUUCUCCUUAGCAAGGCGGGGCUUUGGCCAGACUGAUGUAGGAAAAUGGUGUGUGUCUGUAUCCCAUUAUGAAUCAUAGGAAGUUAUUGUCUGUGCUGCACACUGUGAGUGCUGUACAUUCUCAGGCACAUUUUGUUUUUUGCCGGUUGGAAUCUGCUCAGGGUUUAUAACUGUCAGUUGCAGCCGAUGACACCAAGGUAAAAGGUUUGUCAGUCUGGAGAACAUUCUAUGGAGUUUUACAGCCUAGCCAUACAUCAUGAUUCUUAACUAGAACGAUCCUGCUUGUGAGUGGAAGCUAAUAAAAUAUAAUUUUACUUUUCUCUACUUAAACUUACAAAAAGACCUCUUAGUGGGUCUUUUGAGUAAAAUUUGAUAUUUUUUUUUAUUUUUUUUUUAUGGUUUAAUGGAGUUAAAGUAGCAGAAGGAACCUAUAUUCUCUUAAUAAUUUAUAGGAUUAGCAAUACCUUUUUUAAUAAGUAAAUAUGUGUGUAUGUAUAUUUGGUGUGUGUAUAUGUGCUAUAUAUAUAUAAUAUAGUUUAGUUUUUUUAUUGGUUUUUACUUUUGAAAAAGUAUUAACAGAAUGGGAGAUAAAAAAAUAAAAUAAAAAUAUGUAAAACAAUGUGUACAGUUCUAGCAUUUUAAAAUAACUAGUCAUUUAUCCGCUUUCUUGCCAACUUGGUAAGUGCACUAAAGCAGUGUUCUGGUUCUGCUUUAACACAAGAUUAGGAACUUUUCUAUUGGCUUGGCAAUUUGUAGUAAAUUCAGUUUGAAUUAUACUUUUUAGAACUGAACAAGGAGCAUAUUACUGCAAAUUAAACCAAACCUUUUAGCGUCUUUCAGACAUGUAUCCAAUCAAUAAAUUGUAGCUGAAAUUUGAAUCCUGUUAUCUGACAGAAAACCUUGCUUAAUCAUUCACCUCAUGUGCCAGAAUACAGCAUUUCCAGUUUGUUUCUGUGCUAAUUUUUUUUUUUUUUUGCAGGAACGUAAUUACAGAGGAACUGGAUUUACUACUUUCUUUUUUGUGAAAAGUCUUCCAAGGCUCCAUUUCUUGCACAAGUGACUGACUUCCAGAUAAAGUAUGUUAAUCAGGUAACAGCAGGAAUCAAAGGACAACUUUCCUUAUCCCCUGCCCCUCUACCUUCCCUUACUUGUAAACCCACCGCUGAGAAAUGGGUCAAAAGAUCUCAGGGAGUAUAAAAUCUGUGGAUGUUCGGGAUCCCCCUUACAGACCAGUCAAACGUGAGCUUAGGGGGCCUGACUUCUGUAAACCUGCUCGACUAGAUAUGCUUUUGGAUAUGCCCCCUGUUGCUUUGGAAGCUCAGCACAAGCAUGGAUGGAAUAAUGAGGAUCGAUCUUUGAAUAUCUUUGUGAAAGAGGAUGAUCGGUUAACUUUCCAUCGGCACCCAGUUGCACAAAGUACAGACUGCAUUAGAGGUAAAGUUGGAUACACACGAGGCCUUCAUGUUUGGCAGAUCCAUUGGCCCAUAAGACAAAGAGGAACUCAUGCUGUUGUUGGCGUAUCUACUGGAGAUGCUCCUUUGCAUUCGGUGGGAUAUACAUCGCUGGUGGGAAGCAAUAGCGAGUCUUGGGGCUGGGACCUGGGACGAAACAAAAUUUAUCACAACUGUAAGAACCAGCCUGGUGUGACAUAUCCAGCAUUUUUAGAACCUGAUGAGUCAUUUGUACUCCCAGACUCUUUGCUUGUAGUUUUAGACAUGGACGAAGGAACUCUUAGUUUCAUAGUGGAUGGACAAUACUUAGGAGUUGCCUUCAGAGGACUUAAAGGGAAAAAACUUUAUCCUAUUGUCAGUGCUGUAUGGGGUCACUGUGAAAUUACAAUGCGAUACAUCAAUGGACUUGAUCGUAAGUACUAAUAUUCUCUUUCUAUAUCUAUGUAAACUUAUCAGUAGAUGCAAAUAACUUUUUUUUUUUUUUUUUCAAGCACUUAUAGCACCCAAUUCUGGAAUUAUAGACGAAAUUGCUUAA